AUUUUAAAAGUAAAAUGCGUGUCAAAAAACUAUUUUUUUAUAUAUUUAAAUGUUUUAAAUGUCAAAAUUUCUAUCGGAGGUCGGUGAUUUGGAACGGUGGCUUGCCAAUAUGCUUUGAUUGCCGGCCACGGCAGCGAUCAGAAUUUAAACCCGAGGGCGAUGUGCCUGAUAAAUGUUUCGCAGAGAAAGAUAAUGGCGAGGAGACGAUUGCUGUUGCUGUUAAAGCCUUGGGACGCGUUCACUUCGCUGCAGCAACACGGCGAUGGCAUAUCGCGCACCGUAAACACCAAGCAUUUCAGGUAUUGAGUUUUAUGGAGAAGAGGUAUCAGGUUCACAAAGAUGCCGUGAACUUUUGUCAAGAUAUUUUGCAGAAAAAGAAUGUUGAGUGGCAAGCUAUUUUGUGCAGCAAUCUAUCACAGCCAAUCCAUGAUGUCGACCUGGUUGUUACAGUGGGAGGUGAUGGCACACUUUUGCAAGCAAGCCGUUUCAUGGAUGACUCAGUUCCAGUUCUAGGAGUGAACUCAGACCCGACUCAAACUGAGGAAGUGGAAGAAUUUAGCAACGAUUUUGAUGCUAGAAGAAGCACCGGCUAUCUUUGUGCUGCAACUGUGAGGAAUUUUAAGCAAAUUCUGGACAACAUCCUUGAGGGUCACAUCAUCCCUUCUAAAUUAUCGAGGAUGUCAAUUUAUGUGAACUCAGAGCUGCUCUCGGUAAAUGCUCUUAAUGAUGCUUUAAUUGCUCAUCCAUGUCCAGCAGCAGUUACUUGGUUCUCGUUCAGAAUUAGGAAAGAUGGCCAGCCAUGUUCCCCUAUGGUGAACUGUAAAUCGAGUGGUCUUAGAGUCUCAACAGCGGCUGGAUCAACCGCUGCAAUGCUGUCAGCCGGUGGAUUUGCAAUGCCUAUUGUGUCCAAGGAUCUCCAAUAUAUGGUUCGGGAGCCCAUGCUGCCACGAGCAGCAACUGCAAGCCUGUUGCACGGGAUCGUUAGAUGUGACGAGUCCAUGUCCAUUGGAUGGUUCUCUGAAGAGGGGAUGAUAUACAUUGAUGGUUCUCAAGUUGUGUAUUCUGUCCGGCAUGGGGAUACCAUUGAACUCUCUUCCAAUGCCCCAGUUCUGAACAUUUUCUUGCCCAACCACCUGUUACUGAAGGCAUCCAUGUGAAAUAUUUAACCAAGCUCAUAGAUAUGGCAUAGUAAAAUGAUGGUGAUGUGAAUAUUAUUUGAAAGUAAAUUAUAAAUGUUAAUAAAACUUGCAUAUCUAUGGGGGGAUACCCUCAAUGUUUCUUCCUUGCA